CCAGUGUGAACAAUGCUGUUUUGUAUAAAAUGGAAAUUAAACAAAAUGGAUGAAAAGUGAUGUUAUAUUGUAAAAUGUAAAUGUUUCCCCACACAAUCUGGUUGAGAACCUAAUCUAACUCAUAGGUGGGUGCCCUGAAGAGGCGGUAGAGGAGACACAGACAGACGCCAACACCACGAAGGGAGAAUUCCAGAAACAACCGGAAUAAUGAAGCUGCUGCUGCUCCUGCUGGUGUUCGUUGCUUGUGCUCAUGGCUUACCCGCUACUGGUGCAAAGGAAGCGGAGUCCCGUUUCUCCUUUGCCCCCCUGGAUGACGUCCGGCUCCUGGCCAACGGGCUCCUUCAGCUCGGCCACAGCCUGAAGGACUUUGUACAGAAGACCAAGGGCCAAAUCAACGACAUCUUCCAAAAGCUCAACGUGUUCGACCGCUCGUUCUACCAGCUCGCCACCCUGGCCAGCGAGAUCAAGGAGGAGGAGGAGGAGCUGAAGAAGACCACCGUCGUCCUCAAGUCCAACAACGACGAGAUCAAGAGCCUGUCCCAGGAGAUCAACACCAAGGUGGAGGACAUCAUUCGGGAGCGGAGCAAGCUGCGGAGCCAGGUGGGCCAGCUGGAGGAGAAGAUGAGUGGCCUGUCCCAGGGCCUUCUCUCCGCAGACCAGCUCGCCGAAAUCUCUGCUCUCAAGGAGGUCAUUCACACCCAAGAGAGAAGCAUCACAGACCUCCUGAAGGCAGUGAGGGAACAAAGUGAACAGCUCAACUUCCAAAGGACCCAGAUCAAGAGCCUGGAGAAGAAGGUCAGUGACAGCAUCCUUCAGGACACUGUUUUCAAAUGGGUCUGGAACAAAGAGACUCACAAUGUGUCUGGGUACCUGUCGGACAACAGCACCAGUAACGACUCUCUCUGGGAUGGUCUCCCAGCCCACUGUGGUGAUGUGUAUGCCAGAGGCCAGAAGAACAGCGGCCUGUACCCCAUCAAGCCCAACCGGUCCCGGCCCUUCCUGGUGCACUGUGAAAUGACCGACAAUGGGGGUGCUACUGUCAUUCAGCACAGACAGGAUGGCUCUGUGGAUUUCGACCAGACCUGGAGAAAUUAUGAAGAGGGCUUUGGCAGCUUUAAAGGAGAGUUCUGGCUUGGCUUGAGGAAGGUCCAUGCCCUCACUCAGCACAAUGACACAAUCCUGCGGAUCAUAGCCGAGGACUCCAAACAGGCCAAGUACGUUGUGGAAUACCACCUCAUGAUGGAGGAUGCCAGCUCUGACUACGCAAUCCACCUCAGGCCAACAGACAGUGACCUGCCGACCACUGUGGGAAACGACACAGCCAUCCGGUUCUCCACCAAGGACCGCAUGAACGACGAACACCAGGAGCCCAGCUGCACCAAUGACUACACAGGGGGCUGGUGGUUCAGCGCCUGCAGCGACAUCAAUCUCAAUGGGAGGUACACUAACGGCAAGCCGCAUGGCCGUGCUGACCGCAGAAAGGGAACACACCUGAAGGCCCACGCACGGAGCUCGUUCUCACUCAAGUCCUCACAAAUCACAAUACGACAUGUGUCAAGCACACACAUCCCUCCUCAGGGACCAGCUGAAUAAACAGAUCCUCUCCUUGUUCACUCUCCCCACAUCAACCCCCCCCCCCCCCCCCCCCACCCCCCACCGACGUUGCUGUUACUGAAUAUCGGAGUAGUUGCAUUAUAGAUCAGAUAAUAGAAGUGUCCAAUGUGUAUAUGUUACAGUAGGUUUCUAUGGUGCUAACAGGUUAGAACCCUGCAGUCUGUGAUUAUGUUGAUUUUCGAUAGCGGUCACUGAAUAAGGUAUGCUCAUCUUAGAAUGCCCUUUUUCAUCCCGGCCUUUUAUAGUCAGAAGCACUGGGCAGGGGCCUGAGUAUUGUGGACCCUCAACCUGAGGUCAACCAUGGUUAACGGAGUCAGUCACAGGUUUUUCACUGAGUCACAUUGACUUUAAGAAUACCCAUUCAUACUGUAUAUAUUUUAUAGUGUGUGGUGCCAUUUGUAUUGAGCUUGAAAAUAAACAGUGUUUUUAAAAAAGAA